AUGACACGAUCGACAAACAGAAAAGUGCAAUGGGCGGACGAGACGAUCGACGAAGCAAGCACUUCAUCGGAAUCGAGCACCUCGACACCCACCUCGACCAAGAAGUCAAUCUAUCGCAACAGCGGAAGACCGCAAUUGGUGCAAAUCAGAUCAUACAAUGAACAUGCCGACUUAUUAGAGUAUGAGCCGCGUCAUCCAAAAAAUUUGCAAUUGCAACAGAAACUUCGCAACAAAUUCGAUCGUCAUUUGUCGACUGUGACCGAAGACGACGAAGGAAGCACUUCCGAUGGUUCGCAAUAA